UUUUUCACAAGUGCAUCUCUAUGUCUUUAGUGUAAUAUAACAAUCAGGUCUGAUCUUCAGCUACUCCAUACAACUGAACACAUAUUUGUGCGUAGGUGGGCUAAAAACUUUCUGUUAAUCAAGAGUAAAAAAUAUAUCCUACGGCGAUUACAAAACUAGCUCUGUCCCCUCUACGCCUAACCCAACAACGACCUGACCUGACCUCUCCCUCCUCCCUUUUAGUGAGUGUUUGGGAUUCUUCUAACAUUUCCUCUUUUGCUACUUUCUUUCCCCCCCCACCCUAUCAGUCUUUUCUUCAAACACUUUGUAUGCAUUUACCGUAACUGCUGAUUCAUUUAGGCAGUUUUAUGAUCAAUUUUUUGUUUAAGUGAUGAGAGAAUAAGCAAGAAAUAAAAAAUCAAGCAAAGUGAAAUGGACGGAGCAGAGCUGGAACUAGAGCGAAGGAGCAAGUUCUUGAGUAGUUUGAUAGAGAAAAAGAAAGCCAAAGAGCAUCAAGAGCAACACAGCAAGCUCAAUGUUCGUGUCAGAGCUGCUGAUAUGCCCGUUCUUUUGCAAGACCGAGCUUUUAGGUGUGCUCGUGACCAGCUUGACUCCAUGCCUGGAAAGCUUGAUAGCAAACGCCUCGCUCUUGCCCUGAAGAAGUUUUUACUGGUUUGCCAGGAAUUUGAUGCUGCAUAUGGUCCAGCUUGGCACUGCAUUGUUGGAACUAGCUUUGGUUCAUAUGUUACUCAUUCCACAGGAGGUUUCUUGUAUUUUUCGAUCGACAAGGUUUACAUCCUUCUCUUUAGGACUGCUGUCGAACCUUUAAACCGUUGACAGUUUACAAAUUUUGAGUUUCAAGCUUUUCUAUGUUGUUAUUGAAAUCGUACAUUUGAUUUGCCAGUUUGUGUAAAAUUACCGGCUAAGAUUAUAGUUUCUGUUUUUUUUCCAGCUGUAUAACACUCCUCAUUAUAAGAGCACAAGAGAUUGGUCCUUUGUUACUAA